AAAAUAAUACAAAUUCUUUAAAUAAUUUUCAAGUGUUAAGAAAUAUAACAAGUAUCAAAACAAGGUGGAAUUCAUCAUAUAUUUCAUGGUCUCGGCUUCUAAUACUUCGUAAGUCAAUACAAUGGCUUGCUGACACCUUACCUUACGAAACAAAUAAUGAUUCAAAAAAGGAUGCACGUCGUUUAAAACAAUGUUUGUUGCAAGAUUAUGAAUGGGACCUUCUGGAAAAAGUUUUGUUAUUGCUAAAACCAUUUGAAGAAGCCACAACAUUUUUUUCUGGUGCACAAUAUCCAACAUUGUCUCUUAUGUAUCCUACAAUCCAAAAAUUAAAAAUUAAAUAUGCUUGUGAUGUAACAGGUAGAAAUAGAAAAGAUGAUAAUGACAAUGAUGAAUUAAUUUCAUCUGAUGAUGAAACUGAUAUUGAUGGUAAUUGUGAUUAUUAUCAUGGAGAAAGUCAAAAAAAAUCCAAUCCACCACCAAGACCCAAUCUAAAUAAUAUAGCCAUGAUAUUUCAACAAAAAAUAUGA